CUCGACAAGACAAGCUGGCAGCAUGUUCAAUCCACUCGUGACCAUGGUGUGGCUGUGCGUCGGCUACAUUGUCGGGCGCGUGGACGUGGCGUGGUAUGUCCGUGCUUUCUGUCGUGAGAUCUACACACUCCCGCCGUCGCACAAGGGGUGGGUCGCGGGGUGCCUCGUGGUGCUGAUCGGAGUGUACGUGCUCCUGCUCGUGCCGCUCUUAGCCAUCGCGUCUCGGGAAGCCAAGAGCAGCGGACACAACCCUGCGAUUGUGCCCACGUCGUUCCGCAGCGAGAUCCGUCGACGGGGAAGUUACAGCAUGAACUACAUCAACGACAUCAAGUCGCAUGUUCUCGCGCGGUCGUAGUCGGUAUCGUCCAUUCCUCCGCCUCAAACGACCCGUCUGUCUGCAGCAUGAUGGCAAUCCUUCGAAGGAUGCUGCCGGUGUAUGUGCUCUUUUCACGUUGACCAACGAACUCCACACGCCAAGAAGGCAGCGUAACCAACUCAAAUAUCUAUCACAUCGACAUGUA